UGGGAUUUUUAUUAAAGAAUCAGCAGCACUUUAAUCAAUUGGGCGUGUGUAGUGUGUGAAAAGUAAAAGUAUUUUGUGUUAAAAAAAGUCAUAAAAAUUUAAAACUAAAUUAGACAAAAGUGUAAAAAUCCUAAACAAAAUGGGUCUUAAAGGUUGUGAAGUACAAUUGGAUAAUCCCUGGAAUACAUAUUAUGCUGGUCAAACUAUAAAUGGACAAGUAAAAUUAACAUUUGAUUCGGCAAAAAAAGUCAGAGGUAUAAUCAUACGAUUUUUGGGCGAAGCCAAUACAGAAUGGUCGGAGACACGUAAGGUAACAAGUAGUGAAGGACGUGAAGAAGAUGAGACUACUACGUUUAAGGGUCAUGAGGAAUACUUUCAAAUACAAUAUUAUUUGUUGGGUGGAAAAAAUAGUGCUGAAAUUGAGUUGCCUGCUGGUACUCAUACUUAUCCCUUUACUUGUGCAUUGCCCCCCACUUUACCCUCCUCUUUUGAGGGUGAGUUUGGUCAUGUGCGUUAUACCAUUAAGGUUACACUCGAUAGACCCUGGAAAUUUGAUCAGGACAUGAAAAUGGCCUUUACGGUUAUCUCUCCGGUUGAUCUGAAUCUCAAUCCUCGUGUAAAGGAACCUUUUAAAUUGGAAUUAGAGAAAUCAUUCUGUUGUUUCUGCUGUAAAUCGGGUCCUUUAUCGGUUAUAACCACUAUACCCGUUACCGGCUAUGUAUCUGGACAAAUAAUACCCAUAACCUGUGAAUGUGAUAAUGCCAGUAAUGUGGGCAUCAAUGCUGUUAAAUUUGUUUUACGCAAACGUGUAACCUUCACCACCACUCAACCGAGAGCCGAAAGAAAGGAAACAAAAAUCACCAUAGCCGAACUAAGUAUUGGCCCCGUAGCAGGUGGUGAAUCUAGAACAUUUACACAACAAUUGGAAAUACCAGCACUGCCACCAACAAAUCUGGUUAAUUGUGGCGUUAUUGCUUUGGAUUAUGAUCUACAUAUUGAAUGUGAUGUUAGUGGACCUCAUCGUAAUUUAACGGGUAAUAUACCCAUUACUUUGGGUACUAUACCAUUAGCUUCCUUCAAACCACCAGCACCAUAUACUGAUGUGCCAGCUCAAGUUGUACCGCAACAGCCUACAGAUGAUCCUUCAAUGGCUCCUACUCAACCGGUUAGUCCAGCUAGUCCACCAGAGGGUCAAGGUGGUGCCAUGGGUUGGAAUGUAGCCGAUAGUGCUGGUGGUCAAUUGUAUCCUAAUAUACCUCCUCCUCAAUUUGUUGAGACCCAGUUUAAGGCUCCCACAAUAACUGGUCGUGAUGAUUCUGAACACACUCAAGUGAUAGGUGAUGCUAAUUUUGCUCCUCGUUAUCCUACAUUUCAAUUUAAUCCCUCCGCUCCUCAAAUGUAAUUAAUUUCAAAUUGAUUUCUUUUUGUUGCGUUAGACACAAUUUUUCCUAAACUUUGGAUUUUUGUUUCCUUAAUUCCUUUUUUAAUAACUUUAUAAAGAAUUUAAUGUUGUAUUGAUUAACUAUAAACAAAAGCUUAAAAUGAAAAUAUGUUUAAAAAACUAAACGCACAAUUAUAAAGGACUAUACUAUUAAGUUUAAUAAAAGAAACUUAAAUAUAUAGAGGUAUUUUUUUAAAUGAUAUUAAAAAAAAAAACAAAAACAAAAUGUUAAACA